GUCAAUUUAUACUAUAGAUAUAAUGAAUAUCACAUCAUUUUUUCGCAUAGUGAUUAUCAAGUAAUAUAUUCAAUAUAAAACUUUACAUAGUUUCAAUUUUCAAAAAAAAACCAAAAAAAACAAAAACAACAACAAAUAAAGAAAAAAGAAAAACAAGACAGAAAAUAAAAAGACAAACGAACUAAUUCUAUUAUCAUUUUAACUAUUAUUAAUAUUCAUAAUUAAUUAAUAAAAAAAAUGUAUUUAGAUCUUUUCAUGUAGCAACCACAAAAAAAAGGUAUCAAUCAUUCAAUUUCAUGCAAUUCAUUGAAUUAUCUAAUUCAUUUUGGAGUUUAUUUAAAUUGAGAAAAAUUAGUUUUCUAUUAAUCCAUUUAAUUUUAUUUCAUUAUGAAGAGAGUUUAGGAUCAGGAUAUAAUAUAUCAAUGAAAUAUUAUCAUCCAUAUUCUAGAUGGCAGAGACGAUCAUUAACUCCUUGUGCAUGGCUUGAACGUGGUGGCUUUUUUAAUAUGCCUAAAUAUUAUAAUUCAUUAUCUCCAUUUGCACAACGUCGUCAUAUUUGUUCAAGUUAUUCAAGUUGUCCACUUACAUGGCUUCCAACAAAUGAUGUUAAAUCAUUAACAUUUAAGCUUAUAGGGACUGAUGAUAUGCGUGAUUACGAAUUUCAAGCUCAUUUUUGUAACAGAAUCUAUGAAGCACGGCAUCGUUAUUGCACUAUGGAAGAGGGAGAAAUUGCAUUUGAGUUGAGGCAGAUAGGGACAUGGUUGAUGGUAGACCGCAUCAAUUGUCGAUGUUUAGGCAUUGCUGAUGUUGAACGUUAUGGAUACAGUAAAGGUGUUCAAUUCGGAGAUCGCGUUUUUCGUGGUAAUUAUAUACACAUGACAUGUGCAACAAAGCCUCAAUGUAAAGUGGAUGAUUUUUGUUAUAUUGAAACACCAAGUACAGAUGGUUAUAUUUAUGGUGGUCGAGUACCAUGCAUUUGUCCAAAACAAUAUCAUUGUCCAAUUUAUUUUAUACGAGAUAAACGUAUUCCACAAAUCAAUGAUGAUGGACGUGUUAUCAGUUAUGGAAUUAAAUGUAAACGAAGAAAUUAUUAG